AUGGCAUCUGCCAUAACAAAACUUAUUUGUAAACAUUUAGUUGAAGAGGAGACAUCUCAAAAAUCAAAUUUGACAAGUCCUCAAAAAGGGCAACCUAAUAGAAGCCUCCCAAUUGGCAGUGUUGUGCAAUGUAUUGUUAGUGCUUCCAUCAAGUUUGCUAUUCAAAUUGAAAGAGAAAUGGCUAAUACUGGUGACAAACUUUUGUAUGAAGGAACUAUCGUUAACACAGAAGACAAGUGUAUUGUAAAAUUAUAUAACAACGAUAGAGAUUCUGGAUUCAAAUUGUGGCAGCUCAGAUUACAUUAUUCAGAAAUGAUUGGUUAUAGUGAUCUUGUUACAAAGAUGUAUAUAAAUUAUUCUGAUGUCAGCUACAAAGGAACACCACUUGAAGAAUAUAUCGAUAAGAAUAAGGGGGUUAAUAAGACCACUCUGAUGAUCCAACUAUUAGCUCAACUCUAUUUUCUCCAUGAAGAUGAGGUACUUCACAAUGAUAUCAAACCAGAAAAUAUAAUUGUUUAUCAAGAUUAUCCUUAUUUCAUUGAUUUCGAAGCUUGCAAACGAUAUGCGAGGUAUGACCAAGUGGAUGAAAUUUGCUAUGAUUCAGACAAGAGAAUAAUCCAGUCCUCAUCUGGAACAAGCGCUUACAAUCCUCCAGAAAAAGAAAGGGACAAAAAUUACAUUACACCAAAAUCAGAUGUUUAUUCUCUGGGACUUGUAUUUGCUAAAAUGUUGGGGGUUGCCUUACAAACAAAGAAAUACAUUGAUUUUGAGUUGUUGAAAAAGACAAAUGAUCAUACAAUUUGUAAUCUAAUUGGGAAAAUGGUCUUACAUGAUAUUAAGCUUAGACCCUCUGUCCAACAAUGUUUGGAAGUAUUGGGUAUUUCAAAAGAUGAAUUCUAUUCCUAUGGUGCUCCAACCAUUGACAAACAAAUACCAAAUAUUACCCGUCAAGAAUUUGAAGAAUUAUUAAUGUCUAAAAAGAGAGAAAGAACAGAAUUGAUGGUAGAAUCACAACCUGAACAAAAAAAGGUAAAGUCUGAUUGA